UACACCCACCAGUUGCGACCAGAGUGGUCGAGUACUUGAUAAUAAAAUCGUAUAAAAAAGCACGCGGGACGAAUUUCUGCACUGACGGGGCGGCAGACCGGUCGAUCGGGUGUUGCUUUAUCUUUCAUUGGCCCGCGUGGCUCUAAACUCGUUUUGGUUCCAUUUGGCGCUCAAAAAUAAACAGUUAGUCUUUAGCUAGCAAUAUUUAUCGUGCCGCACUUGAGAGCUGUAUAAAUAUAUUAAGUUAACGCUGGGUUGUGAUUUCCUUUUUUUCCGUUAAUUAUGUCUUGUUCGUGUAUGGAUCCCGAUAACAAAUCAGUAAAGAUGCGUAAGGAGAAGGACACGUUUGGCGAGUUAGAUGUGCCAGAUGACAGGCUGUAUGGCGCACAGACCAUUAGGUCUGUCAUGAACUUUCCCAUCGGAGGCAUUGAAGAGAGAAUGCCGUAUCCAGUUAUAGUAGCAUUCGGAAUCCUGAAGAAGGCUGCUGCCAAAGUGAAUGUAGAGUUCGGCCUUGACAAAAAAAUCGCUGAUGCUAUUAUGCAAGCGUGCGACGAUGUGAUCUCUGGAAAGCUGUACAAAGAAGGACACUUUCCAUUAGUCAUCUGGCAGACCGGGUCCGGAACUCAAUCCAACAUGAACACCAAUGAGGUGAUAGCCAACCGCGCAAUCCAAAUAUUGGGCGGAAAGUUAGGCAGCAAGGAUCCAGUUCACCCCAAUGACCACGUGAAUAAGUCACAGAGUUCUAACGACACAUAUCCGACGGCUAUGCACAUCGCCGUCGCUAUGGAGCUUAGAGACAGACUUAUGCCCGGUUUAGUAACUCUGAGGGACACUUUGGCCGCAAAAUCCAAGGAAUUCGAUAAAAUCAUCAAGAUUGGCAGGACCCAUUUGAUGGACGCCGUUCCCCUAACACUAGGGCAAGAGUUUAGCGGAUACGCCGCGCAGUUAACGUACGGCAUCGAGAGGGUUUGCGCUACUCUGCCGCGUUUGCAUUACUUGGCGCUAGGUGGCACCGCAGUAGGCACCGGACUUAAUACCCGCAUCGGGUUCGCCGAGAAAUGCGCCGCUGAGAUCUCUUCACUCACUGGCAUUCCCUUUGAAACGGCACCCAACAAAUUCGAGGCGCUCGCUUCGCACGACGCCAUGGUCGAAGUGUCUGGCGCUUUGAACGUUGUCGCAUGCUCUCUAAUGAAGAUCAUCAAUGACAUCCGAUUCUUGGCAUCCGGCCCACGUUGCGGCCUCGGGGAAUUAUUGUUGCCUGAGAACGAGCCUGGUUCAUCCAUAAUGCCUGGCAAAGUGAACCCGACUCAAUGCGAAGCUUUGACCAUGAUAGCGGCCCAAGUGAUGGGCAACCAUGUGGCCUGCACCGUCGGCGGCAGCAACGGACACUUCGAGCUGAACGUGUUCAAACCCAUGAUGGUGGCCAACGUGCUGCGCUCCAUUAGACUCAUAGGCGACGGCUGCCAGGCGUUUAACAAGAACUGCGCGGUUGGCAUCAAGGCCAACGAGGAGAAGAUCAACAAGAUUAUGCACGAAUCACUCAUGUUGGUUACCGCGCUCAACCCGCACAUCGGCUACGAUAAGGCUGCGUUAAUAGCGAAGACUGCCCACAAGGAAGGCGGUAAUCUCAAAGACACUGCGAUCAAACUAGGCAUCCUAACCGCCGAACAAUUUGACCAAUGGGUGCGUCCAGAAGACAUGCUGGGGCCCAAGUAAACCUCUAGAAACGAUCUCGAGCCAUUCGCGGCUGUUAACUUAUAAAAAUCAUACUGUAAUUUAAAUACUUUCAUUCCUUUACGGACAUUAAACGUAUUACUAUAGUAUAAAAUUUACGAAAUGGACAUGAUCUUUUUUCCAGAAUAAAUUAUCAAUCACAGUUCUCUUUAUGUAGUUCAUUUGAAUUAUAAUAAUACUGAGCGUGCUGUUUGUGUUACAGUAAACAUGUCUUGAUAUUUAUUAUGUAAAACAAGUACACUUGACCUUUGACUCGGUCGUGUAAAUUGUUGUUUUUAUAUUGUCUACACGGUAAAAUAUUAUUUAUACCUAAUCACUCUACUUUAGAGAAAAAAAACAAAGUUUUUAGUAAACUCAAAUAAUAAUAUUUGUCUUCUUGUUGCGAUUGUGUUGCCAAUUUGAAAUUCUCAUUUUACAACAAAAAAUAUGUAUGCAAUGCACAAAUAGUAUGUUUCAUGGUCCUUAAGUGUAACGAAUAAAUGACUUUUAUAAAAUCAUUAAUAUUAUUUUUAACAAUGAAUCUAUGUUGACCAGGAUAUUAGUUUUUUCUGCAUUUACAUCUGUAGUGCAUUGUUUUAAUGAAACCAUGAUAACGAAAACUCAUUGUAUAUAGUCACACGUGUCGUUUAUUAGUAAUAAUAGCUUAUUAUAAUAAUAAUAGUUUCCUAUCGAAAAUUGUUAAAAUUUAGCAAUGUAAUUAUGUUAACCAUUCAUACAAAUAGAUACUGUUUUACAAUAGUUUGUUGCCUGAUUUUUAAGCUGCAAGAUUUGGAAUGUUUAUUUUUACAUUGUUUGGAUUAAUAAAUAUUAUUAUUAUGUUUUAUAUAAUAAGUUUAUUUAUUGUGUCAUAGUUAUCCAUAUUUUUUUCCUAAAUGUUUAACAGCAGUUGUUUUAGGUCAUAACAGAUAUAAAGUAAUAACGCUGUAGCGCUUGGUAGAUAACGAAUCGGUACGAAGAGUGCAACAGCGUUAUCGCAUGGUUAUCGCUUUUUAUAUCUGUUUAAGCCUUUACUGGACACCGGCACAAAAAGAAGUACAGAAAGUAAUCUCCAUGGGCGUUUUUACCCUAGGGUCAAGAACGCUAUGACCGGGGGCAGCAGGAUGUGAAGGACGGUUGCAAGAACUACGAGGGGCUGCAAAAGCAUUCGCUACUGAGACCUAUAUUUUGAUUUGAUGUUUUUUGAAGUGAAAACUUAUUUAGAGGCGUUGUACACUUUUUUUGUAAUGGGUAAAAACUUAAACUCGCGUCAUGACACGUGGCCUGAUCGCGUCAUGACACGUGGCCUGAUCGCGUCAUGACACGUGGCCUGAUCGCGUCCGGAUACGUGACCUAAUCGAAAAUUCAUAAGACGAAAACAAUAAAAUUGAAAGGUUUUGACUUUAAAUAUAUAGGACGAAACAUAGUAAUAUUUUAUUUUAUCGUAUUGUAAUAAGUCUCUAAUUAGGACGUCCAGGUGGCAGCUUCAUUACGUAGAAAAUGCAUUUUUUUUACAAUAGAUGUCGCUAGGGGCGCUUAAAUGUGAUUUAUGUAAGUUAUUUUUCUGAGAGAUAAACUUUUUAAUGUAAUAUAAAUUGUCAUGUUUGUGUACGAUAGCGCAAUAAAUAAAUAUUGUAUUCUACCAAAUAAAUAAUAGUACUUGUAUACAAAUAAUUAAAGCAAUUCGUGCAAAAUUAUUAAGUAACCAUGCCAAAAUAUCAAAAAUGCACAACGUUAAUGUUCAAGUUUUCACUUCUGCCGGCACUCCUAGUGUGCAACCCGUCUUUUUUUUAAUAGCGAGGUAGGCAAAUUAUUCUACCCCACCUGAUGUUAAAGUCCAAAGGCGAAGAUAGCUGGUACAGCAGUUAUAAACUGCUACACCAACCAUCCCCACCUUGCCGGCCUGCAAAAAUGCUUCUUCAUGCCUCUUAAAGGACCCCAGAUUGUAGGAAGGAGGGAAUAUGUGCGCGGGCAAAGAAUUCCACUUACGAAUAGUACGAAAACGAAAUGAGAAUGAGAUGUGCUAAUUCUAGGGUGGUAAUUGCCCCGGGGCGCCAGAUUUUAAAUACGCCCAUGCUAAUCUAAUGUAUGUAUUUCUCUGAUUACCUACGCUCGGCGGUCGCGCUAGGAUUGUCAACUUCGGCUUAAGCAGAAAAAAUACUAUCGUGGUAGUGGCAGUCACUCGUAUCUAGUUGUUCGAUUUAUUGUCCAAACGAGAAUGAAACAGAACGGAAGUUUAAACCAAUAAUAACAAAAAUAUUUCAAUUUUAAUGUUAUUGAUAAAUUACAAAUAAGAAAAAAGCGACAUCUCACAGUUUAAUAUUGAAUUUAAACAACCGCCUAUUGAACACUUAGAGCUAUCCUAAUAUUGGUUAGUCUUUUGACAGCUCCGUAAAGUAUCGUUAUUGAGUCAUAUCUAAAAAAAAGUUGUAAGUACAUAUUUUUACUAUGGUAAAUUAUCUUGAUCAUUUUUGCAAAAGUGAUAUUGAAUGUUGUUGAACUACUAUAACGAUAUACUUAACUAAACAAAAUUAAUAAACACAGCAGUUGUUUAAUAAUUUUUUAGUAAAAAUACAAUUUUGUUGCAUAAAAAAAAUGUGUUUACCAAUGACACAGAAUAUAUACACUACGCGAAAAGAAGCGACACUUAAGCAUGUGUGCUCGUAAAAUCGCCCGCGGCUAUGUGUGGGUGUCUGGAGGUGCGCGGGGCGUGGAGAGGGCAGUCGCCGACUGCCUCGACCGAAGGCAUGGCAGUAGCGAAAUAGUAAAGUAAUAGCGUUGCACUGCAUUGCACGCACAGACUGAUUCUUAUUAUUUAGAUAAUAAUAAGAAUUAUAAAACGAAUCGAAAAAGGAGAAAAUAUAUAAAAGUUAGGAAUUUGUUAUAGUACCUACAUUAAAAGAUUAAAAAUUGAUUAUAAAAUCAAACCUAUCCUUCAUUAUUAACCCCAGUAUCCUUGAAUCAGUUUACAUUUAAUAACUUACUAUGCAUAAAUAUUCAUUGGCACAAUUGGCCCAUUUUGCCCCAAUGCCCCAUCAUACCCCAUCUUGCUUCAUAAGGCCUCUCUGAACAGAAAAAUAAAUAUCAAAUAAAAUGUUUAACGGAUUCCUACAAACAACAUACCAUAUCAAAAUACAUAACACUAGUAACCAAAAAUCAAAAAGACAUAAAUGGGGUGAUCAUUAUUACCUUAAAAAAUGAUGUUUCAUCUUACAAAAAAUUAGAUCGACGAAACGCUAAACCAGUUUUCCGUUUGUUAACAAAAGACGCAUGCAUUACCGUUCAGUUUCUCUCGCACUAACCGUUGGUUGAAUGAGGCUUCCUAUUGGCUUAUUGUUUUAUAUUCACAGACGUCUAGUUUCUUCUAUGUGUACGGUACCCCAUCUUACCUCGCUACCCCGUCAUGCCCCCCUUCCCCUACGGUACAGCCGAACUCUUUAACAAAAUAUUAUCCCUUCUUUGGGCGUAGUGGAGUUGGCUCACCUUGAGGAGGCCAGAUGCGUAUGCUCUAGGGUAUGCCCGGGAGUGGAUCCACCAUCCUCUUUAUCAUCUCAUAGGCAGUGGGACGAGCCGCUCUGUUUGCGUAUUCAGAGUGAUCUUUUAUUGAGUGAUACUCUGAAAGCGCCACUGGGCGUGCUCGGCUUCUAGCGAUAUUUCAGGCAGAGUCUGGUCUGUCUGUAAGCUUUCCCUUCAGCCAAUAUCGGGACUUUGCUUGACAAGAGCACUGUCUAAUGCGAUAUCGCUUAGACUUGGCGUCAAGACUAAUCAUCUCCAUCGCUGUCGUUGCGGUACUCGCGUCGGUGAGCUGGGACAUAAUGGCCUCACAUGCCAAAUGAGCACUGGCCGAGUCUCCCGCUACGUCUGCAUCAAUGACGUCAUCCGAAGGGCUCUCGUUGCUGUCAACGUAACAGGUCCUGGAGUCUAAUGGCAUCUUCCGCGACGUUGGCACGAGACCUGAUGGGGUGACGCUCAUUCCCUGGAAGCAGGGUCGUCCUCUUGUAUGGGACGCAACCUGCGUGGAUACGCUUGCUCCGUGCCAUACAGGUAGUACCUCCUUUGACGACCGGAAGUAAGCUCCGGUGAAAAACAGUCUCGUGAUAGUAAUCUGUGCUCGUGAGCAUGAGCUCUGUGUCCCAUAUAAAACUGACGACCGGACGUAGACCCGGUUUGACGCCGUGCUUUGCUACUUCGAAAACCGUAAUCAUUGUCAUACACCCUUAAUGGUUGCGCGACUGUUAUAGAAGGAUAGCCAAGCAGAAUUGGCAUUAAGGAAAUAAUUAAUUAAGUCCUUCCAUAACAAAAAAGGGGCUCCAUAUUUCGCCCACUUUUAUUACAUGUUCAUCCAUCAAUGCCUCUUGGUAGCCGCUGCAAUAAAGUUUUUUUUUAAUAAACAGAGAAAAUAAAACUAGAGAAGCUUGCUUCGACUACAGUAUAUUUUGCAAUUAUAGCCUUAUAACAAAGUUUACAUUUUUGAUGCACUAGUGUCUGAUAUAUCUUUGGUUCUUUACAUUCAAAGGGGAUACUUUGAAUUAUCACAUUAUGAAACUUAGGAAUGUCCUUGGAAUUUUAUGUUGACUAGACAAAAAUAAUAUUUCUAUUUAAAUAAUAAUUAUGUUAACUAUUAGUAUACAAUUAUGACAUAAUGGACUAGAAGAAUUAACUAAACUAAAUAACAACAAAUACAUAAAUUAGCAUGUGGAAGGCAUCUUAAUAUAAUUGAUUAUGUAUAAAAGUGUAUUCUUAUUACAUAAAAACAUCUUUGAUAUUUUGGAACUGCUUCACAGCAAGGUCAACUGGCAAGUCAAAAUUGUAGGGGGUCAAACGGUCUAGACUUUGUAAGGCAUCCUGAAAACCAGUAUUUACAAUGUAACUAGUUGAAGAAUAAUAAGUGUCUAUUAAAGACCUGCUCUUCAAAAUUAUGUUUAACCAUACAACAAGUUUGUGAGUAUUCAGUGCAGCACAAACAAAGGCCUUAAAAUGAGCAUCAUAGCUUCUUUUGUAGGGCAUGUGUGAGGCAAUAAUACUACCAAUCACACUUAAUAGACUCUGCCGGUUUGUAAUAGCAGUUCCUCCAACUAUAUCUAGAUUGAAACUUUGACUUAAUUUUCUAGCAGGUGUAGAGUUAAACCUGUCACCAUCAUUCAUAUCAUAAUAGCGUAGAAUUAAUUCCCAUAUAUGUGUUGCGUGGGAUGCAGUGGAUCUACGGACAGGAAAACAACCUAUUAAUGGAACAAGAGAUGAUGCUUCUGGUCCGACUAAGCCAUGUUGUAAUAAAUCUCUUAAAUUGACAGCCAGAUGCUUACGCACUGCUGUGGUGAGUGGUGCAUCAUUAAUAACAACACCACCUUCUUCUGAUUCACUAUCAUAACUGUCAAUCAUAGUAUGUGUUGGCCUGUCCCGAGACACUAAAUGGACCACAGCAUCAAUAGACAUUUCUAACUUUGCUCGGAGGUUACCCCAGUGUGUGACAUUUGUUGAUUUCAGAUUGUAACUUUUAUUUGUGUUCGGUGAACACCCAAAUUGGGAAACUGUGAAUAUUUGUAUCAGAGUUGAUGCUUUUCUCAUUAAAUUAAUAGUUUCAGCUCUCAAAUCAUCAUUACUCUUAUUUUUACUGAAGUUUCUUUCAAAAGUUUCUGAUUUUAGUUUUUCCUCUGUCGUCUCUGACUUAGUAUUAAUAAGAUCUUCAUUUUUCAUGACUUUAAUGAAUUUUUGCAUAUCUUCUAUGUGAAUUUGGAGUUUACUUAUGAUUUCAUCUUUUGAUAGCUGCCUGUCUGCAUAUUGGCGGACAGCACAAUUAAUUUGAUGCCUCAAUUCAUCUGCAUUUAAAGGUUGCUGACAUCCUUCUUCCAAACUUUUAUCAAUUUCAUGUCUUAGGUGUUCAAUAAGUGUUCUGUGUUUACUAUCACCCGAUAAACUAGGGUUGGCGGCAAAUCUCUCGAGCUCUUGCAAUUGAGUCUUUAGCCUUUCUAUGAAAUGGUUCUGCCGCGUUCUUUGACGUCUCAUUUUCUUCUCUAGUUCUGCACAUUCAUUACAAGUGGGCUCACCAGAACUUCCUUGUGGGGCCGCUCUAGAAUCAGGGACCCCUCGAGAUGUAAAUUCUUCGAGAGCUUUAAGCAUUGAGUCCUUCUCUUCCGGUGGAGCUUUUAGUAUUUGCCGUAAUCGAAACUCUACUUGAGCGAGAUGGGACGUCAAAGAGAACACAGAGGAAGAGAGAAUUUCUUGUUCUUCUUCCAAAGCGUGUAAUCGAUCACCAGGUAAGAUUUCUUGUACAUUUUCGUCACAGAGAGUUUCUUUGGGUGCCCCCAAAGGUUCUCUACGAGGCUCUUGCCAGAUUGGUAUUUCACUGUCUUCGUCAUCAUAGCUCAUAGUAUCCAUUUUAUUGAAAGUAAUGACCAAAUUAAACAAGUGUUUCAUAAAACAUCGUGUAUCAGUUUGAAAAUCUAUUUAUUGAUUUCAGCAAAACAAAUUGAAAAAAAAACUGAGAU